AUGGAGCUGCCGCAAAUCGGGUUGCCAAUCUCCAGGAAACAGAUGGAGAUCGCCUGCUACGACAAGCGGACGGCGUGUGUUGGUUCUCCGCCGUUCCUCGUCGUCUUGGUUCUUACAAUGUCUGAUAAGCCUCGGCAAACUAUUCGGCAGUCCUUCAAUAUUAUGCAAAGCACAUCUUCUGGAAACUUAAUCCUCGCUCUUUCCAGCUUCCCCGUCGCCUCAACCCCUUGUUACGAAUCAAUCCACCUCAGGCGGGCCUCGGAUCCUCCGAUGCCUCGGACUCGACUCCUCUCGCUCCACCGACCGCCUCACCCGCUGCAACCGCUAGCAACUCUCACCCACGCGACCGGGCUCAAACACAGCCACUCCUCCAGACCGCUACUGCCGCCGCCGCAACUCCUCCUUCACCCGCAACAAAAGUUGCCAGCUCGUCCUCUCUCCGUUGCUCAGAUAAAAACAGCCGAAUGCGAAAAUUCCGCGCAGCUGCUUCGAGGUGCUUCAGAACCCCUGGUUCGUUCAAGGUCCACCAUGGAUUCUAAACAUUACAGCACUUCCGCUGAAUCCCUCCACAGUCCUAAGGUUGACUAUAAGAGCCAGACAGCAUUCCCGUAUUCAUCCACUCCCAAACCUUUCCUGUUAAAAGAGCUUCCCUUUGGAUGUCUUGAAGCCAGUAUCCCCACAACUAGCCUUUCCCCUGAACCGUCUGAGGACUGUGUUUCUGAGCAGCACGAACGGACAAUUCAAAAAAGCUUUGCCUCUGGAGCUCGUCUGGCCUCCGAGGAGUUUCCUUCUUGGCGUCUGCACAGACUGUCUGACUCCAAACACACCUCUGUGAGGGGCGCAUGCAAGCGAAUCACUGAGAAUGGCUGUUCGCCGGCUGAGCGAGUAAAGAAGAUGUCUUCCUUCCAGGCAGAUUAUUCGUGCGCAAUACCUGACGGCCUUCCCCCGUCACCAGACCGCCAGUCCCCCCACUGGGACCCCAAUAAAGAAUAUGAGGACUUGCUUGAUUAUACCUAUCCAAUCAGGCCAAAAUAUAAACUGGCUAAGAGUCUCAAGUAUGGACUGCAUGAUUCCUCUAUCCACGAUUCAGGGAUCGACCUUGACAACAUUUCUGUUUCGCCCGAGAGUACCUUGAAGUCCACGAGCGUGCCGGGUCAAGAACUGACUACGGGGGACCAGACCGCACAGAGAUUUCAGACCUCCUUGUCGAAAAAGCCUGAAUGUUCAUCUCCAGUAUCUCACUAUGGUCUUUCGCCAGUUGGGAAAGUAUCCUUUGCAGAUGGCAGUCCUAUAGGUAGAACCAUUUUUUCUAGAGAGUUGGCAGCCGGUUUAUCUCCUAGACGUAAGGGACCCAGUUCAUCUGAUUCAACCAACAUAGAGAAGCAACGUUGGGAAGUUAGAGAACAUAGCUAUAUUACGGGGGACACCAACAAAUAUGGCUGUGUCUCACCGAGAACUGCUGUUGGUAGCUUCCUACGCUCCACAAGAAUGUUGCCAUUACAGACCGAAUGUUGUAGUGACGAGGAGUAUCUCCCGCUUCCACCACGACUCAAGGAGUUAGAGAGGUUGGCUCAACAACUGAUGGAUCUCUCGCUAAUGAUAAGGCAACCUAAAGAAGGAGACGGCUUCCCAUCCUUCCGGGGGACUGGAGAGCACCUUCCGCCGGAGGCUCGCGGACGUGAUGGGAGCCAGUGGGAAACAGACUGUGAUUCUUGUCUUGCGGAUAGCUCUCGGGAGCGUAGUGAGGAAGACCUCCUGAGCAAUCAGGGCUGUGAAGACGGUGUGAACACGCAUGAAGAGACUGCUAGCACCGACGCGAGGGAUUUUGUUGGGACAGAAUGCUUUGAGAUGGGAAGGGAGUGUAAAAAGGAAGAGGAGGGCCAUGAAAGGGACUCUCUUGCACAAUAUAUUAAGGUGUUUUGCUGUCGACUAGAAGAGCUGAUUCGUUGCCUGCACAAGAUAGCGGAAAUUACCGACAACUGGAUCCCACCCAGGCCAGAGGUUGAAAGUGUGAAGGCAUCAUUGCAAAGUUACCGGGCCUUUAAAAAGGACUUAGCCGGCCACCAAGCGCUGACGGAUGCUGUCUUGCGAGAUGGUGAAAGACUCCUGAAAAGCAUGGCAUCCAAUUCACCUGUUCUGCAGCGAACCCUCAGGUUGAUCGCGAAACAAUCCAACGAGCUCGAAAGCAACGGCGAACAUUUGUACGAAUCGAUCCUGGGAGCUCUGGACACUUUGGACGCUGGCUUGAGGAAGAGCCGUGUCCCUCGACAGUCAGCUGACCCUACUGAGGCGUCAAAUUGGCUGACGUCGGCCACACGUUAAGCUGAGCAGAGGGGCUGUGCAGAUACAGAAAGGCGGAAGCGGAACACGGGCUUUGCAAAGUUGAAGUUUGUUUUUCCCAUGGAGAUGGAAACAGACAUCUUUAAGCUGAAUUUUAAAGGGAAGGGAUGGUAGGAACUGGUUUUCGACCAGACAGCAAAGUGCUAAGAGUAUGAAAGCAAAACGUUUUCACAGAACUGUCUCAGCACUGAAUUAAAACUAUAUAUUUUA